UUGAAACCAACCCUAAGCUCUCUUUAUCUCCGCCCUAAAGGUAGCCCCGAUUAUUGCUAACUUAAGCAUCGGAGUGUCUACCCUGAGUUCCACCUCGGGGCUUUGCAGGUCAUCUCGAAGUGCAGACGCGGACUGAAGAAGGACUUCUAGUUUGGUGCAAUUACAUUAGUGCCAUCUGUGGGAAACGAACUGAAAGCUUUCUUGUUGCUCUUUCAUCAUGGUUCACACUCGAUCAGUCCGAGCUGGCAAUUCAUCUCUGCCUCUUGGGCAAGGUCAACCCCCCAACAACCUUCCACCUCUGAUCCCACCUCAACUUACACCUCAGCUUCCACCUCAGCGUUUAGCUAGAAACAAUCAUGGUGAUCCCCUCAUUAAUUUACUGAACCCCGCUCAACAACCCCCAUCUCCACAACAAAAUCCUCAACCGGUUCAACAUGCUCUUGCUAUAAGUGAAUCUCAAGGUCAAUCACAUAUAGCACCCGCUCAGCAACCCCUCCCUGGUGAUGUCACUCGACGCCUCGAUAGCUUGGAAAAGCUAGUAGCUAAACACCGAGGUGCUCCACCCCCACACCAUGCUACUGACUCUAUACCUCACCCUCUAAAUACCAACAUCACACUGGAACCCUAUCCUGCUGGCUUCAAAAUACCACAACUGGAGACUUAUGAUGGGACGAAGGAUCCCGAUGAUCACCUGCAUGCUUUCUACUCUUGCAUGCAAGCUCAGAACGCCUCUGACGCGUUGAUGUGCAAAAUCUUCCCCUCUACUCUGCGAGGUAAUGCUCGAACGUGGUAUUACAGUCUACCUCCGAGGUCAAUCAGCUCUUAUACAGAAAUGACAUCUGCCUUUGCCACUAAGUUUUCCAGUAGAAGGUUGAUUAGGAAAACUACGUCUGAGUUGAUGCGAGUUAAACAGAGGGACGAAGAGUCCCUGAAGAACUACAUGAGCAGGUUCAAUGAUGCAGUGUUGGAGGUUAAUUCCUUCGACCAAACUGUGGGCAUUGUAGCUGUGAUUGCCGGUCUUAAACAUGAUAGGUUCAGAGACAGCCUGAUCAAACAUUCUGCCACUACCUUUAGUGAGGUGAAUGAUAGGUCUCUGAAAUUUAUAACUGUUGAAGAGUAUGCCCUGGCGCAAAACCCACCUCCCUCUAAGAACCAGAACCCAAAAUGGAGAGAGGAUAAUCUGAGCCAGAAAAGGAUGAGGAUGGCGCAGAAUCGAGGUUCGAUGCCGACCUCCACAUCGAGAUUCGGAAGACCGAACUCAACACCCCCGCAACAAUCUGCAGGUAAACCUCCAAUUAAUUGGACUCCUUUCAAUCUGCCGAGAUCACAAAUUUUUAUGCAGAUCAAGAAUAAAAUGGAUUUAAGGCGUCCUGACCCAAUGAAAACUGCUGCUGCUACCCGAAAUCAUACCAGAUACUGUGAUUUUCAUCAAGAUCAUGGUCAUACUACAGAGCAGUGCAACAGUUUAAGGUCCGAAUUGGAAAGUCUAGCUCAGAAGGGAAUGCUGAAUGAGUACGUCCAGAGAGCUGCACAACCACGGUUUGUCAGAGAACAAGGACCACAACCUCAAGGAGCCCGUAACCCACCAAACAGGCAAGGUGUGGGGUAUCAGCAAAACCCACCUCCGCUCCCACCACCAGCUAGAAUCAUACACAUGAUCACGGGAGGUCUAGAAGCAGUUGUUACACCCCAUAAUAAUCCGUUGGUCACUUCUGUCAUGAUUAACAACUACGAAGUACAGCGUGUCCUUGUUGAUACCGGAAGUGCACCAGACAUUAUGUACUUCCACUAUUUCGAGAGUCUUGGACUGGAUCCAGCGUUGUUGCAGAAAUAUGAUGGUCCUAUUUAUGGUUUCAACAACCAGCCUGUUCCAGUAGAAGGAAUUCUUACCCUCCAUGUGGCUUUUGGGAGUGGCCGGACCUACGUGACCCCUUCAGUCCGUUUCCUCGUAGUCAAGAUGGCGUCCUCUUUCAACAUUGUUAUCGGUCGACCCACACUGACUGAAAUCCGAGCUGUGGUUUCCCAAUCUCACCUCUGCAUGAAGUUCCCCACUCCUAUGGGAAUAGCUACACUACGAGGAAAUCAGGAGGUGGCCAGACAUUGUUAUAUCACCUCGGUAACACAACCUAUGAAGGGCAAAGCUCAAACACCCGAGGCCAUUCCCCAACAAAUUCCUGAUAAUCAGCAAGUUAUGGGUGUUGAGAUCGUAGAUAAUCGACCAGAAGAUGAAACCAGAGCUGCUCCAGUAGAAGAUGUUGAAGAAGUGCUCAUUGAUGACAGAGAUCCGAGCCGAAAGACGCAGAUCGGAACUAGAUUGAACACGGAGGAAAGAGCAGAGCUAAUAGCUUUUCUCCGAGCUAACAAUGAUGUAUUCACAUGGACCUCGGCAGAUAUGCCCGGAAUUCCAAAUUCAGUCUCUCAGCACAAGCUUAGCACCAAUCCAUUGAAGAAACCAGUGGCCCAGAAACGACGUCUCUUCGGGGGGGAGAGGCUUCAGGCUAUUAAAGAAGAGGUAGAAAAACUUCUACAAGCUGGUUUCGUCAGGAAAGUCGAUUAUUGCGAAUGGGUGGCUAACCCAGUGCUGGUGAAGAAGGCAAACGGUAAAUGGCGAAUGUGCAUCAACUACACAAACCUUAAUCAAGCUUGCCCCAAAGAUUGCUAUCCAAUGCCGAGCAUUGACAAAUUAGUUGAAGCGACUUUAGGAAAUAAGAGGUUAAGCCUCCUGGAUGCAUAUUCUAGGUAUCACCAGGUGCCAAUGGCUCCAGAAGACGAAGAGAAAACCUCGUUCUAUGCUGGUGAUGAAAUUUAUUGCUAUGUCAUGAUGUCGUUUGGCUUAAAGAAUGCAAGUGCUACUUACCAGAACAGAAUGCGGUUAAACCCAGCCAAAUGCAUCUUCGGCGUGGAAUUCGGGAAGUUUCUAGGCUUCAUGGUGUCCCGAAGAGGGAUUGAGGUCAAUCCAGAAAAGAUCAGAGCAAUUGCCAAGAUGGAACCACCGAAAUCAGUAAAAGACAUACAGAGGUUGACUGGAAGGGUGGCAGCUCUUCAUCGAUUCAUAUCGAAAUCAGCAAAUAAAUUAAUUAAAUGGGUAGUAGAACUGGGGGAAUUCGAGAUAACAUUUCAGCAAAGAUCAGCAAUCCGAACUCAAGCACUAGCAGAUUUUAUUGUCAAAUGCACUCCAUGUCCUCCAACCCCUGAUCCAAAGCCCAACGACUGGACCUUGUAUGUUGACGGGGCAUCUAGUAACAAGGGUUCAAGAGCUGGUGCUCUCUUGAUUGGCCCAGAUGGAUACCGAAGUGAACAUGCCCUGAAAUUUAAUUUUGAUGCAAUAAACAACAUGGCUGAGUACGAAGCUUUAUUGCUUGGUCUACAGUUAGCACUGGAGUUGAAAAUCAAUACGAUUCAAGUAUACAGUGACUCCCAACUGGUGGUGAACCAAAUCAACUCAAUCUGCAAAGUCGUUGAUCCGGUGAUGGUGAAAUAUGUAGCCUUGGUGGCCGAGCUGAAAUGCAAAUUCCAGAAAUUCUAUCUGAGCAAAAUUCCCCGAACUGAGAAUGAACAGGCAGAUUCACUCUCCAAGUUCGCCUUUGAUAGUUCUUUAAGUUCCAGAUCCGUUUUCGUGGAGGUCUUAGAUGAACCAAGCUUCACAAAGCCUCGGAUGAUGGAAAUUAGCACAAACCCUGACACGCCGAGUUGGACUGACUCAAUUAUCUCCUUUUUGCGAAAGGGGGUAGUACCUGUGGACAAGCAGGAGGCAAUGAAGUUGAGAAAGAAAGCAUCUCGGUAUACACUCAUUGAUGGGGUCCUCUAUAAUAGAUCCUUUUCACUCCCUCUUCUACGGUGCUUGAAUCCCUACGAAGCCGAGUAUGCACUUCGGGAGGUACAUGAAGGUGUUUGCGGGAGUCAUGUUGGUGCUAGAACCCUGGCUCACAAAGUCUUACGGCAGGGAUAUUACUGGCCAAACAUGUAUAAGGAUGCCACUCACUUUGUUCAGAAAUGCCCGAGGUGUCAAUUCUUUGCACAUCUGACUCACCAACCAGCAGAGGAACUCACGAACUUGGUAGCACCAUGGCCAUUUGCCCAGUGGGGGAUGGAUCUUUUAGGCCCAUUCGUGAAAGGGGUUGGUGGUGUAACCCAUCUGAUCGUUGGUGUAGAUUAUUUCACAAAGUGGGUUGAAGCUCGACCAUUAUCUAGUCGUACCUCUAAAAAGGUCGAAGACUUUGUUUUCAGUUCAAUCAUCUGCAGAUAUGGGAUUCCAAAUCAGAUUGUGGUUGAUAAUGGAACUCAGUUCAAUUUCUCUUCAUUCCGAGAUUUCUGUUCUGGUUAUGGGAUCAAAUUGCAGUUCACCUCGGUUUAUCAUCCGGAAUCCAAUGGUAUGGUAGAAUCUAUCAAUAAGUGCAUUCUAGAAGGAAUAAGGCCGAGGUUGGAGCAGCACAAGGCCAAGUGGGCAGACGAGCUCAACAACGUCCUCUGGGCAUACAGAACAACGAGCCAAACUGCCACAGACAAGCAGAAAUUAGCCAACUUCUACAAUAAACGAGUCCGCCCUCGAACAUUCAAAAUAGGAGACCUUGUUCUCAGAAAAGCUGGCUUAACGGGGUUCGAAACUCGUUUUGGCAAACUCACCCCGAAUUGGGAAGGCCCUUAUACCGUGGCUGAAGUGCCACACCCUGGUGCUUAUGUCCUCCAAGACGCUGAAGGAAAGAGAGUUCCUAGAGUCUGGAAUGUCAAUAACUUGAAGAAAUUUUAUCCCUAAUAAAAUUCUUUCAAGAAAUCUGUGUCUUACAGUUCUUACUUUGUGAUUACUGAGAUUCAUUUUACCUCUUAUUCUAUGUAUCCAAAGUCAAUCAGUACUUGAAUCUCACUUCUGAUUAAUAAAAGUCACUUCACAUA